AUGAGAACGAGCAGAGGCUGCCAUGAAUGCAAGCGUCGCCAUCUCAAAUGCAUCACCCAGCCGGGGUGCAACACCUGCGAGCGCUGCGAAAAGUCCGGCCGAGAAUGCCGUCGCGGCAUCACCAUCCGCUUCCGCGCCGUGACGUCGGUCCGCGAGAAGAGGGCCCCGGCCGCAGACGACGACGCCGAUCGGAACUACGAGCUCAGCUGGAAGAAGAGCCAAGUCUGGGUGCGCGUGCCCCCGGCAGUGACCUUCGCCACCCCGGCCACCACCCUUGAGGAUCUGGAUGAGGACCAAGCCGUGACGUAUCCCGCGCGCCUUGGCUUCAGCCCGGAAGAACCCCCAGCCAGCGAACUGCCUGACGCCUCCGUCUUUCGCGACCUGCCGACGACGACCACGCCCAUCACUACCACUACUACCAUCGCAGCAAUCCCCGCAGCUACCGAUCACUCGCCCGCCCCGCCGCUGGAUGCUGUCAACAUUGGCUCCCCGUAUUCCCCUUUCGGAAACAGGAGCGAUGUUCCCCCCAGCUCCGCCACCCCCGGCGGUGGCGAUGCCUCAACCGUCGGUUCUGGCGCCAGCUACUGGAAGUCGUCUCUGUAUCAGCCGUCGACAGAGUGGCCCUUGCGGUCUGAGGACGAGGCCCGUCUCUUCCAUCAUUUCGUCAAGCACCUUGGGGCGUGGGUCGAUUGCUGCGAUGAGAAGUUCCAUUUCUCAACAGAAGUGCCGCUGCGCGCCUUGAACUAUCCCGUCAUAGCCAAUGCCAUCCUGGCCUUGGCCUCCAGGCACCUUGCCCGGGUGUCCGGUGUCGAGGACUUUAGAUCCGCCGAGUACAUGAGCGAGUGCCUGCGGAUUUUGAUCCCCGUUCUGGACGACCCGCUCGGUGCGCUGGACGAGAACCUCCUGGCCGCCAUCGUGAUCCUUCGGCUGUAUGAGGAAAUGGACGACAUCGAUGAGAAGUGCCACCUGUACGGUGGCACGCGACUGCUGAACUCGAUCGCCAAGUUUGUGCCGUUGGGCGGACUCGGAGAGGCUGCGUCGUGGAUCUUCUUGCGCCAGGACAUCUACGUCGCGCUGACGACAGGGCAGCCGCUGAACAUCGACCUGGAAAACUACAGGCAGUCCCCGUCGUUCCACGCAGACACGUCGAGCGCCUGGGCGAACAGGAUGAUCUUCAUCUUCGCCGAGAUCCUCGACUACUCGUGCCGCCAAGACCAGGUGCAUUCGGUGGAGCGGUGGGAGGAACUCGAUGAGCAGGUCGAGUCCUGGAACCACAGCAAGCCGUGGCAUUUCCGUCCCCUGUGGAUCCGGGAGGAGACGCUUCCGUUCCCUGAGAUUUGGAUGACGGGGCCCGCACACGUUGUGGGGCAGCAGUACUACAGCCUGUCCAAGAUUCUCCUGGGCACGUUUGACCCACGCUUGUCGCGGCUGGGCUUCGGUAGCCACAAACUUCGCAAAAAUGCAGAUGCCACCAUUGUAAAACACCUCCGCACCGUCAUCGGUCUUGCUAUCAGCAACGAGGGUGUGCCGGCGGCGACCUUCCAUGCAUCACACAUUCUCUGCGCAUGCGGGUCAUAUCUCGAAGAUGAAGCAGACCGCGAAGGAGCUGUUCAAUUCCUUUUGGAACUGGAGAAGAAGGUUGGAUGGCGAUCUUCGCGGAUCGUUGCGACGUUGAGGGAGUCCUGGGAAACGUAG